GCGACGAGCACACACAGGAAAACACUGUCGGCGGAACGAGCACAGUCACGGACGAGGACAGUCGGUGCCGCCGGGAUUUACGCGGUUUUCCUUCGAGGAUAUCGCGGUGGAAUAGCAACACUGCCGUCGUUUUGAAGCCUAUCUGAGGUGGCCUUUAGCACCUAGAGCAACACAUCUCCGAAGAGGCGAGAAGACUAGAUACAGAGUGAAGACAACCACCGAGAGUUGUUUUUCUCACUCUCCCUUACAAUAUCUCGCCCCAUCUGUCGGAGCACUUGUGCCAAGGGUGUUUCAUAACCAGAAAUUCAUCUGUGGUCCGCACUACUUUGAGCGACACUUUCAGAUAAUCUGAAAAAUUUGAUAUUUUUUUGGGUUAAUUGGAAGCUCUUAAAAACCCUCAGAAGUGGGCUUACGGCCCCAACCUCUUUCAAUUUCAAUUUUCAGCUUUUUUGACAUGAAUUUCUCGCCUUAGUUCUUUUAAUUAACAACCAGCAACUAUGAUCUACCUGUGGAUACAUAGUCCUACCUAAAUUUAGGUCGUUCCCAUUUUUCUCCUUGGCUGACAUCAAGCUGUACCAGCCUCAUCCUACUCUAGUAUGAGUUAUGACAACUCUAAAUCAAUGCCCAGCAGCAGCAGCACUCGGGGGCGAGUGUCAAGGGCCGACGGGAAUGACAAUGACCAGGAGGCAGAGUCAGAAGGGCUGAACUCACCAGAAACCAUCGGUAGUCAUUCCAGUGCCAAUGUCGCCACCCUGGAGCAGGGACGCGGAGCCGGGGGAGACUCGUCUCCCAGCGGAGGGUCGGGUUCUGGAGGCUCAUCCAGAGACCAAAGGGGGCCCAACUCUGAUGAUAUGGACGGCCUCUCCAGCGGGAACGACUCCGGGGAGCGGGAAAGCGAGAGGGGGAACGGGUCACGCGGGCGCCAGUCCAUACGCAGCUCCCACAGCUCUUCGAACGGCAAGGACUCUGGCAUGAUGCUGGAAACCACAGAGAGCAACAAGAGCUCCAACUCCCAGAGCCUCUCACCUCCCAGCAGCUCCGUGGCCUACAGCCUGAUGUCAACCAACUUGGAGCACGACCCUCCCUCCACCUCCGGGUGUAGCAGCAACCAGUCAGCGAGGAUCCAGACCCAGAAAGAGCUCAUGAAGGCUAUCAAGGAGCUGAAGCUCCGCCUGCCGUCUGAGCGCAAGGCCAAGGGACACUCCAGCACACUCAAUGCACUCAAAUACGCACUUCAGUGUGUCAGACAAGUCAGAGCUAACCGGGAGUACUACCACCAGUGGAGUGUGGAGGAGUGUCACGGCUGCAGUCUGGACCUGUCAGCCUUCACAAUCGAGGAGCUUGAUAACAUCACCUCGGAGUACACCCUCAAAAACACUGACACGUUCACCAUGGCCGUGUCUUUCUUGACAGGGAAGGUCGUGUACGUAUCACCCCAGGGCUCGUCCCUGCUGCGCUGUAAGCCCGAGUUUCUCCAGGGGAUUAUGUUUUCGGAGCUUUUGGCCCCGCAGGAUGUCAGUACUUUCUACAGCGGCACAGCACCCUGCCGCCUUCCUUCCUGGGCCUCCUGCAUCGGAUCUGCACCUCCUCCAGUCGAUUGCACUCAAGAGAAGUCCAUGUUCUGUCGGAUCCGAGCUGACCGGGCACACGGUGGCGAGAUGCGCUACUACCCAUUCCGCCUCACGCCAUACCAGCUCACUCUUAGGGACUUUGAUGCCGCAGAGCCACAGCCCUGCUGCCUGCUCAUCGCAGAGAGGGUCCACUCUGGAUAUGAGGCUCCUCGUAUCCCAGCAGACAAGAGGAUCUUCACCACCAGUCACACUCCCAGCUGCCUCUUCCAGGAGGUGGAUGAGAGGGCGGUGCCAUUGUUGGGCUACCUGCCUCAGGACUUGGUGGGAACCCCCACCCUGCUCUACAUCCACCCCGAGGACAGGCCCAUGAUGGUGGCCAUACAUGAGAAGAUCUUUCAGUCUGCCGGGCAGCCGUUUGACUAUUCCCCCAUGAGGAUGUGUGCCCGCAGCGGGGAGUAUCUGACCAUUGACACCAGCUGGUCGUCCUUUGUCAACCCCUGGAGCCGCAAGGUGGCCUUCAUCGUAGGGCGCCACAAAGUCAGAACGAGCCCUCUGAAUGAAGACGUGUUCACUAUGCCGCAAGGCUGCGAGGACCGCGUCACCACGCCCGACAUCGUCCAGCUGAGCGAGCGGAUCCACCGGGUCCUGGUGCAGCCAGUGCACAGCGGCAGCUCCCAGGGAUACUGCUCCCUUGGGUCCAGUGGGUCGCGGGGCUCCCGCCGGUCUCACCAACAGCACCUUAGUGCAUCGGCCGGCUCGUCCAGCGACAGCAACGGCCCCGCCAUGGACGUGGCUGCCACUGCCGCCGUCGCUUUACACAAACCCAUGACGUUCCAGCAGAUCUGCAAAGACGUUCACAUGGUCAAGACGAACGGGCAGCAGGUUUUCAUCGAGUCCCGCAACCGUCCGGUGCCCAGAAAAAACAUCAGCGCAGGCACAACAAGCAUCAGAGCGAUCAGCAGUGACCCAAUCAGAGGUUUGAUAGCAGACUUGACCAAACCGCUUAAAGCUUUGGUCCCUGCUCCUCUUGUACAGAAGGAGCCGCCGCCCGGCUACUCCUACCAGCAGAUCAACUGUCUGGACAGCAUCAUACGGUACUUGGAGGGUUGCAACAUUCCCAACACGGUGAAAAGGAAGUGUGGCUCCUACACGACCUCCUCCACGUCUGAUGACGACAAACAGCAGGAGACCAUCAAUAAUAGCAGAGGUGGUUCAGUUAGCCUCGUAGGUGAACCACCUACUCUGCCCCCCUUGACCAUGGCCACAAAGGCAGAGAGUGUAGCCUCAGUCACGUCCCAGUGUAGCUUCAGCAGCACCAUCGUGCAUGUGGGAGACAAGAAGCCUCCCGAGUCAGACAUCGUCAUGGAAGACGCUCCUACAACUCACACUCUGGCCGCUCCUCUGACUACUGCUGCCACAGCGCCGCCGCCUCCUCCUCCCCCACCAACCCCUCCCCUGCCUCCCUUCCCACAAGCCACUCAGCCGGAAAGGGACAGCAGGAGGUGCGGAAGUGUCGGAGGAGGUCGGCUGGGUCUGACCAAAGAGGUGCUCUCCGCCCACACCCAGCAGGAGGAGCAGGCGUUCCUUGACCACUUCAAGGACCUCAGCAAGCUGCGUGUGUUCGAUCAGACGGCGUCUUCGACCGUGCGAUGCAACACCCCAACUGCCAACCCUCUGUCACGAGGAGUUCGCUGUUCCCGUGACUACCCCGCUGCAGGAAGCAGCAAUGGUCACAGGCGGGGCCGUGGAGGAAAGAGACUCAAGCACCAGGAGUCUUCAGACCAACACAGCUCCCUGGGAAUGAACGGGAGCCGCCAAGACCUCAGGACCAGCACCGCCCCAAUGCCCCUCAACAUGCCUCUGGCACCCCCGACAAACUCCUCAUCCUGGCCCUCCGUUCACUCUCAGGCCAGCAUGCCCGCCGCCCCUUUCGCUCCCGGUAUGCUUCCACUCUACCCCGUUUACCCACCGCUCGCGCAGCCCUUACCAAUCCCCCCUACCCAGAUGGUUCCUCCCAUGAUGGCCCUCGUUCUGCCCCCAUACAUGUUCCCCCAGAUGGGAGCACCCCUCCCUCAGCCGGGUGCCACCCCUGGACACUUCUACAACCCGAACUUUGCGUACCCCGGUGCUACCCCAGCUGUUCACGCAGCCAUUCACCCGGCCGCCAUCCCGGCCGCCGUCCCCUCUAUUGUCUCUCACCCGAUGCCCAUUCCCGGCAACUGCGCCCCGUCUCGUAGCAGCACCCCACACUCUUACAGCCAGAUGCCCGCUGACCGGGAGGGGGCAGAGUCCCCCCUCUUCCAGUCCCGAUGCUCCUCCCCACUCAACUUGUUGCAGCUGGAGGAGACGCCAUGUAACCGUCUAGAGGUUGCCACGGCGCUGGCGGCAUCACAGCAGGCCGCGCCUUCUGUGCAGGGCAGUGCAGCCGGGGGCCCGAGCUCCGCCACUCAGAGGAGCUCUGAUGAUACGUCCAAGGAGAACGAGAAUGGUGAAACGAACGAGUCAAACAACGACGCCAUGUCCACCUCCAGCGACCUGCUGGACCUGCUGCUGCAGGAGGACUCCCGCUCAGGCACCGGCUCAGCUGGCUCUGGUUCAGGUUUCUCGGGAACGAGGUCCUCGGGUUCCGGCUCCGGCUCAAACGGUUGCACCAGUGGCACCAGCAGCAGUCAGGGCAGCCACACCAGCAAGUACUUUGGCAGCAUCGACUCAUCAGAGAACGACCACUCCCGCAAACAGCCAGCAGGGGGCAGCAGCAGCACUGGGGGCGAGGAGCAGUUCAUCAAGUGUGUCCUCCAGGACCCAAUCUGGCUACUCAUGGCCAACACCGACGACAAGGUCAUGAUGACCUAUCAGCUGCCUGUCAGGGACAUGGAGACGGUGCUGCGCGAGGACCGCGAGGCCUUGAGGAGCAUGCAGAAACACCAGCCACGCUUCACCGAGGAGCAGAAGAGGGAGCUGAGCCAGGUUCACCCCUGGAUCCGCACAGGACGCCUGCCGCGAGCCAUCAACAUCUCUGGCUGCACGGACUGCAAGUCCCCCCCCACUGUGCCACCGGCCGCCCCGUUCGACGUGGAGAUCCACGAGAUGGAGCUGUGCAGUGUGCUGAAGGCUCAGGAGGAGGGCGCCAAGAAGAAUCUCUCCGAAACGGCCAUGGACGAAACUCACGCAGAGGAUGAAGACGACGAGGGGGAGGAGAAAGACACCAAAACGCAAGACAGCAACCACGACAUGACGGCAGAGGAGCCGAGAGUGUCCUCAGCCGCUGUGGAGGCGAAGGCUCAGUCGGCCGAGUCUGACAUGACUCAGUAGGUGGCCAAAGAUUGAAAGGUUGUGAACCUUUUAGACGCUGAUAUGCAGAAAACGUGCACCUUCCGGGACUGAAGCCUGAAACAUCCUGACACAUUGUGUAAGGUGUAUCAAUGGGCUCUGCUGGGACAUAAAGGUUUAUUUUUGUUCGGCAGGUCAAACUUGGACCAAGUGAACUCUUGGUCGAGUCUGAAGUGAAUGAAUGCACACCAGGCACCUUGUAUGACGACAUGUUAAAAUGCCUUGGAUCCCGCAGGACGUGCACACUCGGUUGUAGAGAGUGAGCUAGGAAUUUUGAUUCCUUUCCUCUCUCAGCUGUUCUCAUCCUUCUGUGUAUUUAUUUAAGAUGUAAAAUAACCAGAGUUGGUCUGAGGUGAAUGUGUUUUGUCGCCCUGACGUAAAAAAGAUGGAUGUGCUUCACCACAGUGUCGUCCUAGAUGCUGUCCAGGGUGGAGCUCACAAGGGGGGGAAACAAAGGGGGGUUUACCUGUGAUUAUUUUUGGGCAGAAUGUUUCCCACGUGGUCUGGGAUUCUGCUCCCUAUUAUGAUUUGUUUUUUCUCACUCAAUAGAGAAAAUGUACAGCGAGAAGCAGGUUAUUUUGUAAACAUUGUGUAUAUUUUUAUACUUUAGGAGCGGAUGUUUGCUCCAAAAUUCUGUAUAUACUGUUAAAAGAAAAGAGGAAAAAAAAGGAGAAUGUGAAAAUCAAGAAUCGAAAAAAUCAAUUUAGUAGAAGAGGGGGAGAAAAAAAAAGGCAGAGUCGUUUUUUGUUUUUUUCCCCGUUACACUACAAUCUAGUGCGAAGUACGUCAAUCGUGAGGCAGCGAGGCAAUCGACAGGACUCUGACCUGGACUGCGAGGUCACUCUUCAGCCGGGCAUUAGCUUCUGCUGCGCGUGCGUCGCCGCGCCCCAGCCAGAAAUGAACAAUGCCUCGCUCACAAGCACCACAGACAGUAUCACACACACUCACUCACUGCCAGCACCUUAAGGAGCUGUGAAGUCUCGAGCAGAGGGAGAGCUUUUUUUCUUUCUGGUUCCAGCACAAUGCUGGUGGUGCUGAAGUGGAUUUUGGAAAGAGGCGGGACGGUCGAGAGUUGGCACAGUGUUUACUAUCGUCACUAUUCCUCUCCUCCUCUUCUGUGGCACUGUUCUGGUCAUGUGAUGUUCUAUACUUGGCGUCAGUGGUGUCUGCGAAAAGUUUUCUUAAUAUUUUUGUGAAUUUCUUUGUACCAAAAAAGGACAAUAAAAAUGACCUUAAAAGUGAA